GGAAUGUGCUGUCCACUAGUCCCAUCUAAUCAUCAACAGCCGAAAACAUCUGGCUUCGUUGUGGACGUUCUUGUGUAUUAUUCUUAUUCUUCGUUGGUCUCGGUCAUCUGCCACUUAAUACCAGACUGUCAGAUAUGCCACGAUAGUCGCGGCACCGCAAACGCAAAUCAUGCCCGUGAAAGAGAUCUAUAUCCUCCGGCACGGCCACCGGCUGGCCUGGUCCUUGAACCCGAGGACGGGCAAGUACACUUCCAAUCACCCGUUCCCGACACGUCUACCAGCAGAUCCGCCGCUGGCGUCGCAUGGCGUGCGUCAAGCGCAAGAGACGGCAGCACAUCUCAGCGAAGCGUUCGCCGACUUGAUCAAGCAAGACCGGCUGCGGGUCUAUUCCAGCCUGUUCUACCGCUGUCUGGAAACCCUCCACCCGGUGAUGGAGGCCAUCUUGGAGCAGGUGCCGGCACAUGAUGUCAAAAGAAGGAGAAAUCUACAAGUUCGCGGCGAGAGAGGGCUGGGCGAAUGGUUCGGCCGCGCCUGGUUCGUCCAACCGCGCCCCGCGGAUCCUGAGAGGCUGCGGAAUGAGUUCUUCCCCUGGCUGGACGACUCGUACGCUUCCCGUGUCGUCCCGCCGGAGAAUGGCGAGCGGAUCCACGACCUGCACGACCGUGUGGCGCGCGCGUUGGCACGGGUCAUACAGGACGUGGACGAGGAGUAUGCGCGAGCCGGGAGGGGCAACGAGGAAGUGACGGUCUUGAUCUGUGGACAUGCCGCGCCGAUUAUCGCGAGCGGCAGGGCUCUGACAGGGGAGGUCCCCGAGGAUUGGGACGAGGAGGACUUUCGAUGUUUUACGUGCGGGCUCAGCAAAUUUGUGCGUCGGAAACUACCUCCUCCUUCUUCUUCCACCUCCUCUGGCGCUCAGAAGGAGGCGGACGAAGAGUACUGCUACCAUGACGAGGACUGGAGGAAUAAUGGCACCGGCGUCGCUGGGGGGUGGGAUUGCAUCUGGAAUAGCGAUUGCCGUCACUUGAGCCAGGGCGAGGAGAGAGGCUGGCAUUUCCACGGAGACGAGAGUUUUGAUUCUUACGAGGACUUAGAUGGCAGAGGCGUCAAGACGUCGGACGGAGGUAUUCAUCAGUCCAAGUUAUGAACUCGCUAGAAAUGGGAGAGGGUUGAGGUGGUUGGUUGUCUAUGGCGGAGCAUCCCGACCGAGGAUUUGCUGGAAGGAGAAAUAUGAGAGAUACCCUCCAUAUAGAUAGGUAGGUAGAGAUAGACCAUAGAGAGCCCACCUGGUGGUCGAGCACCAAGUCAGCAUGUCG